CAACGGUCUGAUUAUCCGAAUUUGCUUGAUUUCAGAGAUAGCUACGACCCAUCACUCUCAAAGUCCAUUUCAUGUAAACUAGCUCAGGAUAGUUACAGCUUGUGGGGGUGAAGUGAGAGUGAGAGUGAGAGAUUCCAAUGGACAAUGCCAACAAGGAGUGAGCCAUGCGUAGCAGUAGAAUAAAGAGUACUUCUCCUCAGACCACCCAACCCACAAAUGUUUGACCCCACAAGGCACAAAUCUCUUUCUACAGCAGAUCCAUUGAUUCCAAUCUCCAAUCCAUCGAUAAAUCAAUGACCCAAUUGCCAAACCAUCAUUACGUGACGUUUAAUCCCUCUGUGCCAUUAAGGACAUCUCGGGAGGCCCUCUAUAAAUCAGGUCAGUUCUGUUAGAAGCUCACGUCUAUGAGAAAUGGAAGGAGGGAAGGGUCUGGUUGUUGUAGCCGAGCCAAGAGACUCCUACAAUAUCGCUUAUAUUAUUCAUUUCUUUCUCGGCGCUGGGAAUUUGAUUCCAUGGAAUGCUUUGAUCACAGCUGUGGAUUACUUUGGCUAUCUAUAUCCAGCCAAGCAUAUAGACAGGGUAUUCUCCGUGGCUUACAUGGGUUCAUCACUGCCUGUUCUGGUCUUGAUGAUGAGCUGGGGGAGCUGGAAUAAGAAGCCAAGCUUCAGGCUGAGGAUGAACUUGGGGUUCUCUAUGUUUGUUCUCUCUCUUAUGACAGCUCCUGUGAUGGACUGGGCACGCUGGAGCCGCAAGGCAGAGCAUGGAGCUUAUAGUGUGACAGUUGCAGCAGUGGCAGUCUGUGGGUUGGCCGAUGGGUUGGUCGGAGGGAGCCUAAUAGGAUCCGCAGGGGAGCUGCCUAAGCGGUAUAUGCAGGCGGUUUUUGCCGGAACUGCUUCUUCAGGUGUUCUUGUUUCCAUCUUGAGAAUUAUAACAAAGGCAUCCCUUCCCAAGACUACACAGGGUCUACAAGUGAGUGCCCAUCUCUAUUUUAUUGUGAGCACUCUUAUUGUGCUGGUUUGUAUUGUCUGCAGCAACAUCUUAGAGAGGUUGCCUAUUGUGCAAAUGUACCGGAACAAGAAAACUGUGACCCCCAGGUCCGAGGCACCCAACUUUUCAGAUGAUCUGCGGAGCACCAUGAGCAGGCUUUGUGCUGUGAAUGAACCCAAUGGACAGCCAAAAUUUUGGGAUGUUGCCAGAAAAAUUCGAUGGUCGGCUUUUGGCAUUCUUAUAAUUUACACAGUAACCCUCUCAAUUUUUCCAGGUUACAUAUCUGAAAAUGUGGAAUCCAAGCUGUUUCAAGAUUGGUAUCCUAUUUUGCUGAUCACAAUGUACAACAUUUUAGAUUUAGUGGGGAAGUCCUUGACUGCAGUAUAUGUUCCAAAGAGAAUUGGAAAGGUCACAUGGGCUUGCGUGGCCAGGCUGUUGUUCUAUCCACUCUUUACAGCUUGCCUUCAUGGACCCAAGUGGUUGAGAACCGAAGUCCCAGUGGUAUCUUUGACUUGCAUGCUUGGAUUGACCAAUGGUUAUCUGACUAGUGUCCUAAUGAUACUUACUCCAAAGACAGUACCUGUUGCAGAAGCAGAAGUGGCUGGAGUUGUGAUGGCUCUGUUCUUGGGAAUCGGAUUAGUAGGAGGUUCAGUCCUUGGGUGGUUCUGGAUAAUUUGAAUCUAGUCACCCCAUCUGGCCUAUGGCCAAGUAGAAGAAAGUCAAACACCAACAUGGAUGAGGAGGCCCAUGUGAGCCAAUCGUUUAUUGGUCCCUUAUCUUUCCUAUCUCCACAUUUGAAGAGGGAAGACCAAGUAGCCCAUAGAUGAUAAGAACAAUGGGAGAUCAGAAGAAUGAAUCCAGUCAGAGAAUAUAUCUGUCAUGUUGGCUGGGGAACUCCAAAGCUGUAAUUUAUUAAUUGUUUAUCUCCUUAAUCAAAUUUAUCCUGGGUGGAAACUAUUAAUUCC